CAGGGUUGGGCCGAGUGAAGAAAACCGAGUGUGUACGGAAAUCACCGAAAGACAUACGGAUAUAACUGGGUUUAGUGCGUAGAUUUGAUAGUGCUCGGUCUUCUGUGGACAGGCUGUUUGGACGUCGAAGAUUCUUGCCUAAAGUGAAAGAACUUACCAUCCAGUUGGUUUAUCGAAGACAGAAUAUGGAGUGUCUUAAAAUAUUYUAUAUAACCAUCGCGCUGUUGAUAGCGCACAGCUCGGCUAUUAUAAGAAUUCCCCUCCACAAGACGCGCAGUAUGCGCCGCCUGAUGAGUGACAAUGGGAUGAGUUUUGAACAACUCCAGGACAUGGCCAAGACCGUUGGUGGUGCYGGAGCUAACGUACCAAUAAACACUCCGAGCCCGAAAGUGCCAGUUGAGAGACUCACCAACUUCAUGGAUGCUCAGUACUAUGGGGUGAUCAGCAUAGGCACACCACCCCAGGAUUUUACUGUGCUGUUUGACACUGGCUCCUCCAACCUGUGGGUGCCCUCCAUUCACUGCUCCUUCCUGGAUGUCGCAUGCUGGCUCCACCAUCGUUAUAACUCCAAGAAGUCGAGCACGUACGUUCAGAAUGGCACCAAGUUCUCCAUCCAGUAUGGCAGAGGCAGCUUGUCUGGYUUCAUCAGUGGGGACACUGUCUCUUUGGCUGGCAUGCAGGUCACUGGUCAACAGUUUGGUGAGGCCGUAAAGCAACCUGGCAUCACGUUUGCAGUGGCACGCUUUGACGGGGUGCUGGGCAUGGGCUACCCUACCAUAUCUGUCAACAAAAUAACCCCUGUGUUUGACACCGCCAUGGCUGCCAAGCUGUUGCCUCAGAACAUAUUUUCCUUCUAUAUUAGCAGAGAUCCAUUGGCUGCUGUAGGAGGAGAGCUGAUGCUGGGAGGCACGGACCCACUGUACUACACUGGAGACCUGCACUAUGUCAACGUCACACGCAAGGCUUAUUGGCAGAUCGAGAUGAGCAAUGUGGAAGUGGGCAACCAGCUGACGCUGUGCAAGGCCGGUUGCCAGGCGAUUGUUGACACAGGAACGUCCCUCAUCAUCGGGCCUGUGGAGGAGGUCAGGGCGCUGCACAAGGCCAUCGGAGCCUUGCCUCUACUGAUGGGAGAGUAUUGGAUUGACUGUAAGAAGGUUCCAUCUCUCCCCGUCAUCGCAUUCAACCUGGGAGGGAAGAUGUUCAACUUGACUGGAGAUGACUAUAUCCUGAAGGAGUCCCAGAUGGGUCUUAAAAUCUGUCUGUCCGGCUUCAUGGCAAUGGACAUCCCUCCUCCGGCUGGACCGCUGUGGAUCCUGGGAGAUGUGUUCAUUGGACGCUACUACAGCGUGUUUGACAGGGACGCAGACCGCAUGGGGUUCGCCCCCGUGAAGUAGAAGGGAGAAAAAACAGRCCCUAGCCACUUGUGGAGA